CCCCCCCACCCCCCACAAUGCAUCUAUGAUGUGCGCCCCACGUCCUUCGGCGCGUUCGGACGACCUCUACAAGCCCACGCCUGAACAUGCCGAGUUCCACAGAGUGUGCGUAAUGUUAUUUGGUAUCGUGCAGACCCAAACAGGAACAUCUGAGGACAGAAAGUAUCCAACCUUCUGAUGGAGAGGGAGGCCCUCUACGAUUCAAUCCUGGACCGAAGCAAACGCAUCACGUGGCAGGACGACUGCUACGUGGAUCUUCAGUCCGCGUCCGGCUCGGCCGCUUCGCAAGCAGAAACCAAGGAUCUUCACUGGAUCCAAAAGCAUCAAGACCUGCUGCAACGCUUCUGUACGACCUCCUUCCUGGAGGUGAUGUUGGCCCACCUGAGAAAGGUGGAUGCGGUGAGUCCGGCCGAGGAGACAAAGAUCAGGGCACCGACGCGCACCCACGACCAGGUCAACAUGCUCACAACUGUUGUCACCGGCAAGGGCGCUCAGAGCUCGGACGCGCUGCGGGGCUUCAUCGAGAGCUCCGAUUCUCUGGUGGCCCAGCUCGUCAUCAACCACGAUGCCAUGGUGAAGGAGCACAAAGAGGUGCUCCUGCGGCGAUACGAGCAGAGCAGAGACAGGGAUUCCGUCAGCUGCCCGAAACUCAGCGUCUGCUCGAGAACUUUACUUCUGGUCGACGGACUUUCCGACAUCCAGCAAAAGGAACACGACUUAAUGCAGGUGGGGGCCACUCGAGGCAGGAAGAGAAACCACCUCAGACAGCUGGGGCUGACCAAACUCUUGGAGCCCCUGACGCGGGUCAGUUUGCCGCCCCGGGUCUCUCUCACGGUCGGGGUGGCCGGCAUCGGCAAGACGACCUGGGUCCGGCACUUCGUCCGGCAGUGGAGCCAAGGGGCCCUCUGCGCCGACGUGAGCUUCGUCCUGCCGUUCGCUUUCUGCGAGCUGAACUCGGUGGAGAAAGUCUCCGCUGAGAAGCUGGUGAAACUGGCUUUUCCUCAUCUGACGGACCCCGGCGUGGUCCUGAGCAGCUCCUGCCGCACGCUGCUGAUACUCGACGGCUUGGACGAAUUCCGCUGCGCCGCGAAUUUUUCCGACGCGGCUCCUUGCAGCGACCCGAAGAAAGAGGUGUCCAUUGACGACCUGGUUACCAACAUCAUCCGGGGGAAUCUGCUCCCUGACGCGGCGGUGUGGGUGACCUGCAGGCCGGGAGUGGCCUCGCUCAUCCCUGGAGGUUUGGUCGACAGGGUGACCGAGAUCCCGGGAUUCAGCCCGCAGGACAUCCGGCUCUUCCUCGACCACCACUUCUCCGAAAGGGACCUCGCCAGUAGAAUAUGGGCGCACUUGGAGUCCCACAAAAUCCUCAUGGUGAUGUGCUACAUACCGAGCGUCUGCUGGAUCGUGGCCGACACGCUGGUCUACAUCAUGCGCAGCGAGACGGACGAGAGCCUUCCGAGGACUCUCACGGAGCUGUACGCUCACUUUUGCUCCAUGAAGUCGGAAGCGGGCGAGCCAAGAGGCAGGGAGCCUGUGAAGGUGGAGCAGCUCCACGGGAGCAAUCGCAAACUGCUGGGGAACCUCGGACGACUUGCCUUUUACGGGCUGCUCAAACGCAAGUACACCUUCAGCGAGCAGGACCUCAGGGCCUAUGGAGUAGAUCUCCUGUUGGGUCAGGGCAGUCUUGGUGCUGGAGUCCUUGUCCGGGAGGAGUUGGCCAUAUGCACAACAUACCGGUUCACACAUUUGACUCUGCAGGAGUUCCUUGCGGCCACUUUUUACCACGUCUCCUCCAAGCGGGCCAUAUUCGACCUGUUCUCUGAGAGCACCAUGUCCUGGCCCAAGAUCGGUUUCCAGAACCACUUUAGGAGCGCCUUUCAGCACUCGCAACAAGCCGAAGACGGUCACUUGGACGUGUUUGUGCGCUUCCUGGCGGGCCUGCUGAGCCCGGCGGCGCUGAAGCCCCUCGCCGGGCUCCUGGCCGUGGGAAAAGACGAGGGGAACCAGAAGGCGUUCGCCGCGGGGUUCUUGCAGGGCCUCCUGGUCAGCGGGGGUGCCGUGGUGUCCCUGCGCGCGGUCAACCUGGCCUACUGCUUACACGAGCUGCAGCACGCGGAGCUGUUGCGCAGCGUCGAGGAAGACUUGCAGCUCGGCAGCCUGGCGGGGAAGCUAACGAGGGCCCACUGCGUGGUGCUGGGCUACCUCCUGCACGUGUCCCCCGAGUGCAGCGAGCAGACCAACCUGACGGGCUCGCUGAACUACGCCACGGUGAAAUGUCUGCUCCCGCAGCUGCUGUACUGCAGCUAUCUCAGGUUGGAGAACAAUCACUUCAAAGAUGAUGUCAUGGAGUUGCUGGGAAGCCUCCUGAGUGCCAAAGACUGCCAUAUCCAGAAAAUGAGUUUGGCAGAGAACAACAUCGGAAACAAAGGCGCCAAAGCCCUCAGUCGCGCCCUCCUGGCGAACCGGACACUAACGUCUCUCAAUCUGCGGAACAACAACAUUGGCUCCAAAGGUACAAAGUUCCUGGCGGAGGCUCUGAAAAUGAACCAAGUCCUGGUAUCAGUCAACUUUCAGAACAAUGCAAUCGAGGAGGAAGGUGCUCAGGCCCUUGCAGAAGUGCUGCACUGCAACCGCAAACUAGUGUCUCUCAACAUACGGAAGAAUACAAUUGGAGCGGGAGGAGCCAAAAGGAUCGCGGAGGCGCUGAAGACGAACCGGACGCUCACAAAGCUGAUCCUUUGCAGUAACCAGCUCGGGGACAAAGGCGCGAUCGCUCUGGCAGAGGCGUUGGCUGUGAACCACACUCUGCUCUCACUCCAACUUCAGAGUAACUCAAUCAGCAACAAGGGGAUGACCGCGUUGACCAAAGCUCUCCGGCUCAACCGGGGCCUCGUCUCCUUGAACUUAAGGGAGAACUCCAUCGGGGUGGAGGGAGCAAAGAACAUGGCCCAUGCGCUCCAUGAGAACAACUGUCUGCAGGAGCUUGAUCUCACAGCCAACCUGUUGCACGAUGAAGGGGUGCAAGCUAUAGCUGGUGCAAUCAAGUUUAAUCGCGGCCUCACCUCUCUGCAUCUUCAGUGGAACUUCAUCAAGUCCUCUGCCACCAAAGCGCUGGCCCAAGCGCUCCUCUCCAACGGCACCAUGCAGCUCCUGGAUCUACAGGAGAAUGCAAUCGGAAACGAAGGCGUCAUCUUCCUGGCCGAGGCCCUGAAGACCAACGCCUCCCUGCGUACAUUAUGUCUUCAGGGAGUCUCCGCGAGCACGAGUGGCGCCAUUGCGAUGGCGGAGGCUCUGACGGCCAACCGAACCCUGCAGACGUUGGAUCUGCGUGGCAACACUGUGGGGAUGGAGGGAGCGAAGGCCCUGGCUAAUGCGCUGAAGAUCAACCGAAGCCUCAAGUCGCUGAACCUUCAGGAGAACUCUCUGGGCAUGGACGGAGCCAUAUUCAUUGCGACAGCCUUGAAGGGAAACCACCAAUUGACGUACAUCAAUUUGCAGGGAAACGGCAUUGGAGAAUCGGGAGCGAAGGUCAUAUCUGAUGCUAUAAGAGCCAGCGCUUCGGGCUGUGUGGUGGACAUCUGAAGGUCACUAGGUCAACGCUGCCGACGUAACACAGCAACAAAAGCUGUACGUUUGUGCUGAGUAUCCCUCUGUGACUGUUUUAGAUAUUCACACAUCUAUUAUGGUAUUAUUACUAUGUAACAGACACGCAGCAUCCACACAUCAUACAGGAGGUGGUGCGGCAGUCCUCUUAUCGGCCCUGAUUCAUUUGUCAAUGUGUAAAUUUGCCCUAUUUGAACAAUGAAUCUGGUGUACAGCAAUAAAAUGGACUCUGACAUUUAAACAGUGGUUGUAUUCCCCUUUUUGUUUUAAAAAAGGUCAAAAAUCUGUAGAGAUUGUCGGCUAUAAAAUGUAUGAUGAAAAACGCAUUUCACAAAGACCGGAGCGGCUCCACAAAUUCAACGUCUUCGAUUUGAUUUUUUAUGUCUGCGCAGCAUCAACUUUACAUCAGAAAUACUUUCAACAUCAUUCCGGAUGAAAUGUCAACCAGAGAACAACAAUGUAUUUUUUGUCCUCUUCUUAAAAGGGACAUUUGUUUGCAGGGACUCCCCAUGUGUCCCCCCCCCCUGC